AUGUCGAGCUGGGCGGCGCUCAACAUCGAGCCCGAUGAACUAAUCGAGGAAGAGGUCGACGAUACGAAGGAAAUUCAGAUUGAGGAAGCGCUGAAGCUGUACCAAAAUGCGCUGAAGCUUCAUUCCCAGGGCCCGCAGUUCUAUGCGCAGGCCGCGGAGGCCUAUGAUGCCCUGUUAAACUCCGAUAUAUUCAAGUAUCCUGAGUCCAUCUCCGACUACAAGCGCGCCAACUUGCAGGAUUCCGACCUUCCCAUUGACUUCGCUGCAGGCGCCGGAGCCGCAGAGGCGCUGGCGGAGUUCGACAUCAAUGACUCCACGUCGAGCACUUUGAUGCAGACCAUUUACUUGGCUUACAAGAACCACGGUCAAUUCCUGUUGGACGCUCUACGCGCGGCCUUGGAGGGUCAGGCUACUGAUGUACAGGAUGCUGCGGACCUAUCGUCCCAGGUCACUGAACAGGCCAGCGCCGCUCUAGCAGCCUUCGCGGAGGCGCUGGAGCGCGAUGACUCCGACCUCAAUCUCUGGAGACAGAGCGCAAGGCUCUGUAGCACUCUACAGAGCUAUCGUCUCACGCGGUACUGCCUGGAGAGCGUCCUGGCAGACGACGAGAAUCGUCUGGAAGUGCGCACGGAGCAGCUAGGCUUGGAGGAGACGUUCGCGGAGGAGCGUCUGCGUGAAACUCUGCUGUCGGUGCACGACCGACUCUCCGUGUCUCAGGUUCCUCUCAAGAAGCCGAAAAAGGCCCUUCUGAAAUUCCUCAGGAGGCAGGCUGAUCCAUUCCCUUACCUUCCGGCACUUCCACAGCAAGUCGAGGAUCUCCACGCGUCAAGGUCUCACCUUUCCCAACAGAGCUCACGUCAUGAAAUCAGGCCCGUUGGCCCUACAUGGGCUGCGCUAGGAAAAGCUAUACUUCAGUCCCUCAUUGAUGACGAGCUGGGUGUAGCAGAGAUCAAACCUGGAACCUCGGUUCAGAUAUCGCUUCCAGCUCCCAGUCCCGAGCUCAAGAGUACCAUAGAAGUUGCCAUUCCCGUCUACCAUCCACCGGCAGAGGAGACGGACUCACAAAGGCAACAAGCCAGCCGUGCGCCUGCUGAAUCCGAGCAGGCUACAGAUGGCGCUCCUCGCGUGAAAUCAGAAGUUGCUGACGACCAUUCCUCCAUCGAUCAACGCGCAGAGAAGCAGCUCAUGGAAUCAUUAGAGACGCAGUCAUCGGAGCCCCCCGGUCCGAGCACUCAACCAGAGAAUGCGAACAUGGAAGAAGCCAGUGCAAGGCCCCUAACAGGAGGUCGCAAGCGUUCGUCUGCAUUUUUCCAACCCGACGAUGUCGACAAUCUGAGGGCGAAGAGCAGAAGGACACGGCUUCGAGAGUCAACCGCACACGCAGAUAGUUCUUCGCAGGCGGUGGACUUGGCUGCUGACUAUGCUAAGUUCUAUGAUGACCGCCUCGAAGGUUAUGUGCAGGCGGAUGACUCAAUGCAGUCAGCUGUCGGCCCCUUGUUGGCCAAGUUCGGCGUCGAAGAUCUCAGCGACAUCGAUGAGCUCAGAAAAGCCGUGCGGGCGAUGGUUGAUCGCAAAGAGUCGCCUGAUAUCUCGGCUGACGAGUCCCACGAAGGCCACCAUCUGGUCGGGGAUUUGCUAGACACACUCCGAAACUGGGAUGAAGCAAGAUCCCAGGUCACCUACCAGCCCGACAGCCUGUCUACUUUGCAGGAUAUUCGAGGAAUGGGAAACUCCGGGCUGGCUAUCUUCUUGGAACACUCGAGAAAGUCGGCCAGGAAGCUGGGGGUGAAACAGGCUCUCGCUGAUGACGAGAGACUUUUCAGACUCACCACGAGCGUCAAUGAUGAGCUUAUGCAUGUUCGCGAUGCUGCCCUUGCCUGGCUCAAAGCUCUAUUAAUGCCGAAAUUUGCGAAGCAUGCGAUGGAUCAUGUUGUGCCACGGAAGUGGCCUGCAAUGGAGUCCGCAUACACGUCGCUGCAGUGGCCAGACUCACUGAAGGAGACUGUGGUGCAGCUCAUACUGCACCAAGACGAGUUUAUUUACGAAAGCAUGCACGAACAGCUGCAAAGCCUUGAGACUCAAAUUCUCGCAGGUCAAGCUGAAUCCACAUUUUCAUACACGCUUGCUCAUUUCUCUGAUUUGGAAAUGAUUCAAACACUUUUUGAACUUCACCUUGACAUAUACGCGUCAAUUAAUAAUCCUAAUAGUGAGGUGGAUGGAAGAACGAGGAUUCAGCAGCGCGAUCGCUUGGGGAGAUGGAGCCUCCUCGCACGUACCGCUUUAUCACACUUCCUUGACCACAGCCACGCUAGCACAAGCUGCCAGGAGGUCUUUGCCCUGCGACACAUAUGGGCAUCGACUUUUCAUUCCAAUAUGGCCAGUGACAUCCACCGAGAGCAUGUAUUGCUCUGUCUUCAGGAGCUAAAAUUCCUCUUUGAGCGCUUGAAAGAUCCAGUAAUUGGCCUUGUGAACAAUGCGAUCAUGCCUGAACUGUCUUCCGAGGCUGUUGAUCAAGAGAUCUCGAAGCUCAAGUCCAUGGACUUCUUCAUGAAGAUCUUCAACCCCAGCUCAGAGGACCCAGUGGAUCUCAUUGAGACCAUUGAACCUAUUCUCGAGCCCGCGUCUUUUCAGAUCGAAGGUAUCGAUGAGGGAAGCGAGCCACUUGAGCCCAAUUCUCAAAUCACCGAGAUGAGUAUUUUCCUGGAUCGCGGCGAUGCCACGCUGAGACUCUUCCUCUGGCGAAGACUACAGGAUGCUUACAAGAAGAUUGAUUAUCCUCCCAAGGUCAUUUCUUGCUACUUGCGCAGCAUCGAAAUCAUAAUGAAAGAGCUUCAGAUCUCAUCCGAGUCGGACGAACCCAGUGAGCACCGUCAAAUCACCCUCCUUCGGUGGCUCAAAUCACUUGAUAGCAUCUUGAACAAGACUGUAACAGCCGUGCUUCUGGACGCGGACAAAGCAUACGAGUGCUUUGACAUGGAACAUUUGAAGGCUUCGUUGACUGCAGUGGCCUCUCUGACUAGACUUCUCUACGGGUUCUCAUUGUAUGAGGACCUACUUCGCAUCGGUGCGACCACAGGUCCAGAAGUCCGCGGCGCGCUAUCGAAGUCUCUAGAGAGCCUCAAGGAUAGACUGCGCGAGAUGCAGGUCCGCUGCUGGAUUCUGCAAUACACACUUGUAAAGGAAGCUAUGUCUCAAGAAAAGGAGGAGUUCGAGGCCCCUGCGGAAGAUCGAGUGAACUACUUGCGAGCUGUCCAUCAAUGCCUGGGCAUUCGCUUCAUGUGCAAACUGUCUCACAAGCAAUUCCUGAAACUGAUGAGAUCUGAGCUCUUCGCUAUCGGCGUCAACGAUGACACUGAAUGGGACAUAUGUCAGCUCCUGUACGACAUCAACGGGAUCAAGUGUUCACCCUUGUAUGGUGAACUGGACGACCACAAAUGCCCAACGGAGAAGCUGGAUCGCACCACGGCUAUCAUCAUGGUGAACUUGGUGAUGAAACAAGCCCAGCGAAUGAGCAUCAAGGACUUGUCGAAGUCGGAGUUGAAAUCCACCAUCGAGAAGAUGCAGCAGGCCAUUGGCACUACCAAGUCAUCUCCCCCUUUGUCUUACAACAAGCGCAUCACAAAUGCAUAUCUGAAGUCUCCAAUCAACCCGUUGGCGCUCUUCCGAUCCAUCCAGGGCGUGGCAAGCUUAUCCUUGAUCCCAGUGCUAACCGAAAGUGCUAUGGUCGCUCGGAAUGGCUGGUACUUCCUCCUUGGGUAUGCGGCUUUGACCAGGUUUCGGUCGCAGAAGCGCUUGAGCCCACUCCCGACAACUGAUCUUGAUGAUGCCGUCAUGUGCUUCCGACAAGACAUUGAGCACGGAACGGCGCGAUGGGAGACCUGGUACAGGUUGGCGCAGACAUACGAUUCGAAGUUGGAAGAAGACAUCACCUGGACAGCUGACAGAAUCAACAACAACCGGGCGGAGCUGGUAACAUGGCAGCGCUAUUCUAUUCAUUGCUAUGCCAUGGCCAUUUCGACGGCCAUGGGAAACUCGGAUCCAACACCAGAGACCCGCGAGAUGCUCGCGGACCUGUUCACAGAUUUCGGAAUUCGCCUUUACUCGUCCUCUAGGGAACCACUGUCUAUGGGCGCAUUUAGUCUCGCAGACUUCACACGGCAUUUCAGCAACGAGGAAAGCCAAAGCAUGUAUGAAGGCCGACCUUUCAAGGAGAUGAAGCUAUACUCCGUGUGGAAUCUCGCCAGCUACCUUCUCAAGCGGGCUCUAGUCGACAAACCCAAGAACUGGAUGACUCAUUACAUGCUAAGCAAGUGUCUCUGGAAGAUGUUCAGCUGUGAUGAUUCCGUCAGAGGGCCAUUCAAGCAGCUCGAUCUAGACACUUUGUUAGACUCCCUGCUCGAUGCGAUUGACGCUCUGCCGCAACGAAGGGAUUCGCGGUCGGAACCGAUAUUCGAACCUCACUACAAGCUUGUGACUGUAGUGCACAAGUUGGUUCGUCGCGGAGCCUUAGAGCCCGCCGACGCCAGCAAGACGCUCCUCGCUACGCCCUGGGCUCGCAAAGUGCAGCCGCCGGAAGACAAGGCUUCCUGGAAGCGCUACAUCUCCGAAGUACUUCGCAACCUGAAGAAUGCCGACAAAUCGAACUGGCACCAUCGCAUGGCGUACCGAGCUGCACGAAUCCUCUACGAAGACGACGAAGACUCCAUUGAAGCUGCGUCCGCCGCCAAGAACGAGCUCACCCAGCAAAUCGUCACCAAGACCAUGACCAUCCAAGUCUGGAAACCGGAACACGAGCGUCCCGGGCGUCACUUUGUCUACACCACACGAUACGCCUACUUCUUCGUCUCUCUCCUGGACCAGCUCGACGACCGCGCCAACCUGGACCAACUUCUCCGCCGUGUGCGCAAGAAGCAAGGCGACUUUGUCAACCACGCUAAACUCUGGGAGGACAUGUGCCUCACCUACGCGGGGCUGAUCCGGCGUGCCGCGCACAUCGACGAAGGACACGAGGAGAGUGUCUUCAAGCCCAUCGGCUGGGAGGAGUUCGUCGCCAACACGGCGCGCCUCGAGAGCCUGACCGACCUAGCGCCGGGCAGCGAAUCCCUGCUGGAACUCAUCCGCGACGCCAUCGAGCUGAAGAAACUCAACAACAGCCUAAUGAAAGUCGCCCUGCUGGAGGACCUGAUCGCCGACGUUUACUCCCGCCUGUACCAGAUCAACAUGCCGCAGGUCCUCGAACAAGCCCACGAGGAGACUAAAGAACGGCUCAAGGUCGACCCCACGCUCCCCGGCGGUGCCGCAGCAGGCGGCGGCGGCAUGAGCAUGAUCAACAGCGACGGCGCCGCCGACACCACCACCAACACCCCGACGCCGCCCACCUCCGCCCCGGCCUCGGAAGCCCCCGCCCCACGCGGCCGCACCAAAGGCAUCGCCCGCCGAGACAUCCAGAAGCGCUCCGAAGCCAUCGUCCACCGCAAAGUCCCACCCCGUCUACCCACCACAUCCGCUGCCGCCACUACCUCCACCUCUGCCGCUGCCCCAAGCACCGCCGCAACAGCAUCAGCAGCAGGAGGAGGACCGGGUAGCCGCAAGACCUCUACCACGACAGCCACCGACCCUACCACCACCACAACCACCACCGCGGCGCUCAAUCCCCAAACUCUUCCCGCCACCGAAUCCACAUCCGCAGGCCCAUCACUCCUGGAGAGCAAGACCGGCGGCCGCCUGGCCGAGGACCUGGACCUGGCCUCGGGCCAGCAAAGCGAUACCAUCCCCGCCAGUCUGCACGAUAGCGCCGACGACGAGAGCGAGCUCAGCGAGAUGGACGACGAGAAGCUGUCUAAGCUCACCACGGAGCGGAAGUUGUUGUUCCCCAACCUCCGGGAUGGGUCGCUCGAUCCCGAGUCGGAGCUGGAGGGGCUGGCCAGUGGGGCGGAUGGGGAGGAUGUGGAUGUGGAGCUGGGUGAUGGAGAGGGUGAGGAGGAGGGUGAGGAGGAGGAAGAUGAUGAUGAUGAUGAUGAACGGGAAGGGGAAGAGGGCGAUACUAUGGUUGAGGGUGUUGAUGUUGAUAUUGAUGAUGAGGGUGAGGGUGAGGGUGAAGGUGAAGGUGACGAAGGGGAUGUGGAUAUGGAAGGGGGUGACGAGGAAGAGGAAGAGGUAGAGGGGGGGGAAGAAGAAGGCGAGGAAGACGAGGAAGAAGAGGAGGAGGAGGAGGAAGUUGGCGGCGAGGAUGAUGAUGAGGGUGAUGUCGAAGGCGAUGGGGAGGAUGAGCCCCUGGGCGACGCGGAAGGGAACGAGACCGCCGAUGAAGUGGACGCGGCCGCGGACGCUGGUCAGCUCGAGAUUGCGGGCACGGAUGAUGAUGAGGACAUGACUGAGGCAGAGCCUUGAGCCAGCCCUUGACCCAGAAACUCUAUUGUUCCUUGUCGGGUCAGCCUCGAUUCCCACAAUUUGUAUCAUUACAAUUCCUCUUCAUUUCGUUUAGCUAAGGACAAACCAAGGUCGGCGUUACCGGGAAGAGCUGCUGGGUCACAAGAUGUCUGUGCAAGUAAUGAAUGUGCUUUGUACUGU